AUGGUGAUAUCAAGGGCUGCUAGCUCAGACCCCCUACUUACGGGAGGACCCUCCACACAAACUAGGCAAUCGAGUAAACGCUCUGCUCAAGCCCAGUUCGUGAGGAAUAUUCAGGAGUUUUUGGAUACCCAUGAAGCACAAAUGAGGUAUCUUGGUUCAGCUGGACACGCCAUUUGGCAGCAGCUACAUAACCUCCAGGAACAAGUGCAGGGGAGUGGGCAGAUCCUGGAUAAGAAAGUACGGCAAGAAGCCAUCGCCCAGAAGAAACAUCUCGAAUCGCUCUUUGAGCUCGUCGAAAAUGUUCGACAAGUACAGGAAGCCGCACGAGCCGCCGACCACGAGGUUCUGGAUCGUAACCAUCGGAUUACCCAGAACCAACUGUUGGAGGCAGAACGACAGCUGAGAGUUGCAAGAGAAGAGCGGGAGCAGGAGAAAAGGGAACAGCGGGAACUGUUGGCGCAAUUCAAGCAGUCCGAUGAUGUAAGAAACCAACGAAUAGCCGAGAUGGAGGAACGACUACGACAACAUAUAGACAACAGCAAAACCGAGAUAAAGAAGGCUCGUAAACAAAUGCACAGCCUUCUCAUCUCUGCUGUAUGCGAAGAAAUACAACCAACAGUCGUCUCCGCCGAAAAUGCAUUCUACGCAUGGAAGGCGUUCAAAGACCUCUAUGAUAGUGUCUCACCCAACACCACGAUCACCCUCCUCAGCCGCGUCCUAGACACGAAGAUGCAAGAAGGCGGAUCACUGACCGAGCAUCUCACAACCUUCGAUGCGAACUGGAAUACUCUCAAGUCCAGAUGCCAAAGCGCAGACCACAAACUCGCUCAGGCUCUCCUACCCCUCACCAAAUCCAACGAAGCAAUGGCGGCAUUUCUGCUAAGCUCGCUACCCAAAUCGAUGAGCAACGUUGUAGACAACAUCCAGACCAAACAGGAUGUCACCUACGAAGACGUACGCCAACGACUACAGAACCUGGAUGAGGUAGCCCCUCAAACAGGAAACAAAGUGCUCCAUACCAGGAGUACCACAAGCGACAAGGAAUGCACCUGGUGCAAGAAAAGGGGACAGCCUUACAAAGGCCACGAGUACACGGAGUGCAGAAAGCUCAAAGAACAGAACAAGAACAGAAAGGGAAGGAGAAAGGACAACUCGGCAUCGGUUGUAGUAAAUGACUCUACAACCACUAGCUGUAUGGUACGCCACGACAUCUCCCAACCCCUUACUUGGAUCCUUGAUUCUGGAGCGACCUCUCACGUCACACCUUUCCAAGACCAACUCAUCGACAUCCGAUUCACACCGGCAAUGUCCGAACAGCUGAUGGAACCAACCACGCUGUCACCGGAAUGGGAAGCGCUAGUUUCAGCUGCCACCUUCCCGAUGGAAGCAGAUCUUCCAUACUCCUCACCGAUGUGCUGUUGGUCCCAACCUUGGGUAAUGUGGGAUUGGUCUCCGAAACCGUGCUCGACAAAAAGGGAUUUAGAACGGAGUCAGGAGGAGGAAACAAAUCUAUCUGGAAAGUUCAGCAUACAGUCACAAGGAAAAGCUCAGUACUAUAUGUCCUUCAUCGAUGAUUACACCCGCUUCGCAUGGAUAUACUUCCUGAAACAGAAAGAAGACGCAAAUAAGGGCAUCAAGGAUUACGUUACAAGAAUCGAGAAACAGUAUAGCACAACAAUACUGAGAUUCAGAACGGAUGGUGGUGGUGAAUACAUCAACAAGGACAUAACGAACUACUUCGAUUCACAAGGAAUAGUUCAUGAACAGACUCCCCCAUACACUCCUGAAUCUAAUGGAGUUGCAGAACGAUUCAACAGGACGGUAACCACAAUGGUCAGGUGCAUGAUCAUGGACCACCCUAAGUCGUUAUGGAGAGAAGCAUACGCAACAGCUGUCUACCUCAAAAAUAGGCUACCACACAGUACGCUUAAGGGAAAGACCCCCUUUGAAGCCCUGAAAGGAACCAAGCCAAGUAUACAAUACCUUCAACCAUUCGGUAAAAAAUGCUAUGUCCACAUCCCAGAAAACUCUAGGCCAGCAGGAAGCAAACUAGCACCCCGAGCAUAUGAAGGAAUCAUAGUUGGAUACUCAGACAGUAGUAAAAUAUACCGUAUCUGGAUAGGAACACAACAUAGGGUAAUUGAAAGUCGGGACAUCACAUUCCCCCCUCCUGAAUCAGGGGAAGUCUCAGUGGAACUCGACUUCAUCCCCAGCCUGAAACCAGAAACGGCAAAUGCACUAUCAGACGACGGAUACGAAUCAGAAGACAGGUCUGAUCCAGAAUCCGAGUCAAAUGCAAUCGAAGAGAACCGUACAGAAAUGCCAGGAUUAUUCCCGGAAUCACCGGAGCAGGUUAGACAACCACUACCGGCUACACCACACAAGGGAAAAGAACCUGCCAUACCUAUGGGACAACCGCGAGACCCAAGAGAUAACUGGGAGAAAAUUCCAGCACCAGUUGUACCAUUCAAAGGCUUCAAAAUAAAACCUCUUGCGUCAACGACACCCAAAGGUACACCACCACAACCUCCAAAACGAUCAGAUCGAAUAUGCCAGCGAAAAAAUAGAGCAAUUGAAAUGGAAGUAGGAAGGAAAGAGUAUAACGAAAAGGUAGUAGAACAACAGAAGUUACUUUCGAGUUAUAUCGAAGAUGUGAAAGAAAAUGGCCCAGGAGACAAAGCCACUGAACAAGAAUUAAUCGAUCAAUACAAAGAAGACUUCAGACGUCAUAGGGCUGAGUUAGAUACGGAAUAUCGAGACAUAUCCGAACUCCCCCCGAACUACCAAAUACACCUCGUAACAGCACCUUCCACCUUCAAUCAAGCUAUGCAGAGCGACGAUCAACACCUAUGGAAAAAGGCGAUACAGACUGAGAAAGACGCCCUUAACAAAGCCCACACCUGGGAUAUUGUCAACAGACCAUCCAACCGAGCAGUAGUCAAAGGAAAAUGGGUAUUUAAAGUGAAACACAACGCGGACGGAACAAUCGAGCGGUACAAAGCAAGGUACGUUGCUAAAGGCUUCACCCAAGUACAGUACCAAGACUACGAUGAGACCUUCGCCCCCGUUGCACGAUAUGAUUCUCUACGACUCCUACUGGCACUAGCUGUACACAACGGUUGGAUACCACAACAAAUGGACGUCAAGUCAGCCUUCCUGUAUGGUGUACUCAAGGAGGAAAUCUACAUGGAACUGCCUGAAGGCUACAGGCAGGACAACAAGGUUUGUAAACUUCGAAAAUGCAUAUACGGACUAAAGCAAUCACCCCGUGAAUGGUAUGCUUGCCUAGCAGACUCCCUUCAACGGAAAGAAUUCGUCCCAGCCAAAUUCGACGCAUGUGUCUUCAUACAUAAGAACCACCAUCUAUAUAUAUCGGUGUAUGUAGAUGACAUCAUGAUAUUCGGACCCGACUCCCCAUUCAGAAAAGAAAUCAGACAACUACUCAAGGCAGAUUUCGAAUGUACGGAUCUCGGUAACUCGAAGUUCAUACUGGGAAUAGAAAUAACGGUAACCAACAACGGUAUCACACUAUCACAACGCGCAUACAUCAACAAGAUCCUGGAUAGAUUUGGAAUGAGUAACUGCAAACCAGUUGGCACACCACUCGAACCGAACCUCAACCUUAACAAAGGCGAACCGGAAGACCAAAUCGAGAAACCAACUGAGUACCAAUCCAUAAUAGGAUCACUGAUGUACGCAAGUAUAGCUACCAGACCUGAUAUCACCCAUGCCGUUACCGCUCUCUCCCAGUACUCCUCAUGUCCAACCGAGGAUCACCUACGAGCAGCCAAGCGAACUCUCCGAUACCUCAACGGAACCAAAGACUGGAACCUGUUCUACCCGAAGGGGAAUACUAGAACACUCGACGGAUUCUCAGACAGUUCCUACGCUUCAGAUCUAGAUGACAGAAAAUCGUUCUCAGGAUACGUGUUCAGACUAGGGAAGUCGGCCAUUAGCUGGAGAAGCCGGAAGCAGAAAUCAGUCGCAGUCUCAACAACAGAAGCCGAAUACAUGGCCCUGUCCCUCGCAGCUCGACAACUG